AUGUCAAAGUUAGUAAGUGAAGAUAAAAUCACUAAGCAAAGACGUGCCUCUACCGGGACAGUCGAUGUGCAGACGACUCAAUUCUUCAUCAUGGCUCCAAAGGUUGCUAUUGUCAUUUACUCCAUGUACGGUCAUGUUGCUACCAUGGCUGAAUCGGUUAAGGCAGGUGUUCAAGCUGCUGGUGGAUCAGCUAAGAUCUACCAAAUUUCCGAAACUUUACCUCAAAAUGUUUUGGACUUGAUGCAUGCUCCAGCUAAGCCAGAUUACCCAAUUGCUACCAAGGAUACCUUGACUGAAUACGAUGCUUUCUUGUUUGGUAUUCCAACCAGAUUUGGUAACUUCCCAGCUCAAUGGAAGGUUUUCUGGGAUACUACUGGUGGUUUAUGGGCUAGUGGUGCUUUGCAUGGUAAGCCAGCUGGUAUUUUCGUCUCUACCGGUACUCCAGGUGGUGGACAAGAAGUUACCGUUUUGAAUUCUUUGUCUACUUUGACUCACCACGGUAUGAUUUAUGUUCCAUUGGGUUAUGCUAAGGCUUUCCCAAAGAUUACCAACUUGGAAGAAGUUCACGGUGGUUCUCCAUGGGGUGCUGGUACUUUUGCUGGUGCGGAUGGUUCCAGAUCUCCAUCUGCUUUGGAAUUGGAAAUUGCUAAGAUUCAAGGUGAGUCUUUCUACCAGACCAUCCAAAAGUUUUAA